AUGUGCUCCGGGCGCCGCUUCGGCUACCUGCAGGUGUCGACCAUCUGGUCGAUCCUGCUGCGCGACUUUGAGCUGCAGAUGACCACGCCGCUGCCCAAGCCGGCGUACAACGACAUGGUCGUCGGGCCGGACGCGCCCAUCAUGAUGCGGUACAAGCGCAAGGUCUUCCUCGCGCCCGAAGAGAUCGCGGCGAGGCAGGCCAG